AUGGGCCGUGUUAUCAGAAACCAGCGGAAAGGCCGCGGAAGUGUGUUUACGGCACACACUCGAUUGAACAAGGCGCCGGCGAAGUUCAGAACCCUCGAUUUCUCCGAAAGACAUGGUUAUAUCAGAGGAAUCAUCAAGGAUAUCAUCCAUGAUCCCGGACGUGGUGCGCCGCUCGCACAAAUCGCGUUCAAAGAUCCGUACAAAUUCAAGACCCGGGUCGAAACAAUGAUCGCAAACGAAGGAGUCUUCACAGGACAAUUCAUCUACGCCGGAAAGAAUGCAAGCUUGAAUGUGGGCAACAUCCUCCCUCUGGGUGCAGUCCCCGAGGGAACAGUCGUGUCGAAUGUUGAAGAGAAGACUGGUGACCGAGGCGCUCUGGGACGAACGUCUGGCAACUAUGUCACUGUCAUUGGACACAACCCCGAUGAAGGCAAAACUCGAGUGAAACUCCCCAGUGGUGCAAAGAAGGUCGUUCUUAGUUCAGCGAGAGGCAUGAUUGGAAUUGUUGCAGGUGGUGGACGAACCGAUAAGCCCCUGCUCAAGGCGUCGCGUGCAAAGCACAAGUUCGCCGUCAAACGCAACUCCUGGCCAAAGACCCGUGGUGUUGCCAUGAACCCUGUGGACCAUCCUCAUGGUGGUGGUAACCAUCAACACAUCGGCAAGGCUUCAACUAUCUCCAGAUACGCUGCUCAGGGUCAAAAGGCUGGUCUCAUUGCUGCCAGAAGAACUGGUCUGCUCCGUGGUACACAGAAGACGAAGGACUAG